AUGGCAAGUCUCGAAAAUGUCCAGAAGCGCCUUGCUUCUCAUGUCGAGACCAUUCAAUCCACAGAAUUUCUUGAGCAGUCUCUCAAAUUACUACGACAAUUGCCAUUCAAGAACAUCAGAUGCAUAGCUUUAGGGUCUCCAACUCAAGAGUUCCAAGCAUUAUAUCAACUAGCAUUGUUGAAGUUGCUAGCCAAGGAAUUCGACAUUCCACCAGCAAACAUUUCGCUCUACGAUCCCAUCUUUACUGAUGAUGAUGUGCAUUUAUUAACUACUUUCGAGAAGUAUGUAGUGGACGAGAACGAGCAAACAUCACCACAAUACACCUCGGAAACACUAUAUUACAUGCCACAUGCUCCACGUAGCGUCACGGACCGCUUCUUAGCCAACGUCAAACCCAACUGGAUUUUAGGAAACGAUGUUCGCGUCACUGCGGGCUCAUUGAGUCAGGCCAAAUUCUUGGAGGAGUAUCCACGGUUGGCCAAGCUUGUCCACAUUGCAGAAGUACGCCAUACUGAUGCCAAAGAAGCAUCGACCAAUGUUUCAACAGAUUCCAUGGCAUCGCCAAGAACGCCAGGUCUGCAGCAGUCGGAGUUCAAAGUGGUUACUCGGCGAAAGAGAAACCGCCCAAAGAAACACGUCUAUGUGGAGCCCAAAUUGGACUAUGAUCUGGUAGAUGUAUACUUUGACACAAUUACCGUCACUCGCAUAGACAGUCCCGACUCUGCGCCCUGGAAUGACUCCUUCAGUGAUUUGGCUCUUAAUGUAAUCAACCCAAUAGAACCAAAUAGGAACUAA